UCAUUCCUCAGGCUCAUUCACCAGCCCAGUGGCCGAUCUUACCAUGAAGAGUUCAACCCUCCCAAAGAGCCAAUGAAGGAUGAUGUGACUGGGGAGCCUCUUAUUCGCCGCAGUGAUGACAACGAGACCACUCUGUGCUCCCGACUAGAGUCCUAUCACAAGCAGACGGCCCCUCUAGUGCAGUACUACAGUGCCCGCGGCCUCCACACUGCUGUUGAUGCUUCUCAGUCCCCCAACCUCGUCUUUGCCUCCAUCCUUGCUGCCUUCUCUGCUGCU